AGUGCGCCCCAGUAGCUCAAGUGCUUCAAGUGCUAGCAGGAAGUGUAGCCUGGGUGCCUCCACUCGUCUCAUCAAUGCAGCUUUCAUUCUCCCUCUGUGGGGCAAGAUGGAAGCUGUACAAAAGGACUGCUGGUACUUCGUGGUACUUAUCUUUCUCCCUUUUCUUAAAGUUGCUGUCCAGCAGAGAGUGCCUGCUACAGUUAGGCUGGAGGAGGGGAUGGUUCUGCAUUGCUUGUGCCCCUGGGAUGGCAACCUCAGCAUGGUGUCUUGGACAAAAAGGUCAGAAAAAAAUCCAGUGGCUGUUUUCCACCCUGAUUUUGGAGUGGUUUUAUCACAUCGUUUCGAUGGGAGAGUGGAGUUCCUGAAGAACGGUCCCAUGGAUGGCAGUAUUUCCAUAAAGAACGUUACCCAUCAGGAUAUCGGGCUUUACGAGUGCUCUGUUCAGACCUUCCCUCGGGGACCCUGGACCCGGCACAUUCAGGUGGAGGAUUUAGAUGAGCCACCGGAGGAAGACCCCACAGAGCCCACUCCCACACAGGAGGCCGUUUCAAACGAAGAGCUGCUAGUACAGCAGAACAGCAACCUGACCAUCAGAUGUAACUAUCAGCAUAAUGGCACCGUUAACCAGGUCAUAUUGGAGAGGAUGCUGCACGGCCAGUCGUGGACCAUUGUUGGAGUGUGCAAGAAGGUGGAGGAAGGCCUGGUGGCGGAGGACUACAGCGACAGGGGCCGGGUCAGCUGUGAGGACAGCCUGGAUAUGAGUCUGCACUUGACUGACGUGACACAGGAAGACAACGGUUUCUACCGCUGUACUUUUAACACCGAUGCAGGACAGCAAACUACCACCGUGCAGCUCACCACUGUGGCUUCAGGUUGGUUCAGCCUGUCGUUAUACAUGAUGUACAUUUACAUCGGGGUUGGAGCUGCUGGACUCUGUCUACUUAUUGCCAUCAUCAUAGCAGUAAUGAGGCACAGAAAGAGGAACAAGAGAAAGGAGUACAGAGUGAAACUGCAUCCAUCCCAGAGACAGCCAAACUUCUAUGAGAACAUCCCCAUGUGUCCCAGGAUAAAGAAGUCCAGACAGAUCAGAAACUGUCCCGUUUAUGCCAACGUACAGACCGUCCGAUCCAUGAAAACCACAUCGCACCAACGACAGUGUAAUAAAUAAACACACGCACGAAUGCGAGGUACUGGAUGAUGUCGAUCUGUCACAGCGUCGUGUGCGUGCGCCUUCCAGCCUUUCACAAACAAAGCGCAUCGAAGUUUAUCUGAGAAAAAAGAAGAAAUCCACCUGUGUUGACAUGAACAAAUAAUUUAUUUGAUAUCUUGUAAUUAUAUGCGUGGAUCACGCUGACACUGAUUAGCAUUCAGGCCGUGGUUUCAAAUGAGCUAACAAGUUGGUGCUUAUCUGCGAGUCAGAACGCUGACAGGGGCUGUUUGGGUCCAGCCUUGCUCACUCUAAUUAAAUGUAGUAUGUACUGCAUAAUUACUGUUGAGGAAAUAUUUGUUUUGGCCAUAACAGUAUUUGACAGUAACAAUCACGCAGAAGACAAGACAAAGGGCCGUGUAAUCGUUCUUUUCACUUCUCUAACCCCCGAGUAAAACGACUGACAAAAGCCUUUGUAAUUGCCCUCCUUUUUACUUUCAUCCCUCCUGGUUUCCAUUCAGGGAUUGACAAUGGUGUCUAAUCAUCUAACGGAAGAGAAAAGCAGUCACUCAGCACUGUACCAUCACUUGAGACCGUUACUUACCCCAACGGGCUCUGUGUCUGGGAUGGCUGCAUUCUAGUUACA